GCCGGCUCUGUCCGUCCGCCCUCCCGGAUCCCGGCAUGGCGGAGUAUUCCUGCGUCAAAUCCACCAAGCUCGUCCUCAAAGGGUCGAAAGAGAAGAGCAAGAAAAAGCACAAGGAAAAGAAAAGGAAAAGGGAAGAGGAUGCGGCAGAGCAGCUCGAUAUUGUUGGAAACUGGUGGGCUGUCAGUAAUUUUGGUGAAAUUACAGGAACUAUAGCUAUAGAAAUGGAUAAAGGAGCUUACAUCCAUGCUCUCGACAAUGGUUUGUUUACACUUGGAGCACCACACAAAGGUGAUGAAGGCCCUAGUCCUCCUGAGCAGUUUACAGCAGUAAAGUUGUCUGAUACGAGGAUUGCUCUCAAGUCUGGUUAUGGCAAAUAUCUUGGUAUAAAUUCGGACGGACUUGUUGUUGGACGUUCUGAUGCAAUAGGAUCAAGAGAGCAAUGGGAACCCGUCUUCCAAGAUAGGAAAAUGGCAUUACUAGCAGCAAACAGCCGUUUUAUUAGAUGUAAUGAAGAGGGGGACAUAGAAGCCAAAAGCAAAACCGCAGGGGAAGAAGAAAUGAUAAAGAUUCGUACUUGUGCUGAAAGAGAAACUAAGAAGAAAGAUGAAGUUCCACAAGAAGACAAAGGAAACGUUAAACAGUGUGAAAUCAAUUACGUGAAGAAAUUCCAAAGUUUUCAAGACAAAAAGCUAAAAAUAAGCCAAGAAGAUACAAAAGCCCUUAGAAAAGCCAGGAAAGAAGGCACUUUUCAUGAAAUGCUCCUUGACAGGAGAGCUAAAGUGAAAGCAGACAGAUACUGCAAGUGACAUCCAUUUUCUCCUACUACUUUGGUCCAUUUUCUUCUGCAUCUUUGAUGGCAGCAUCAAAUUGAAAAAGAGUAAAAUAUUUUAUAAUUGUUUUUUAUUUAAGGCAUUUUUUAAGUAUCUGCAGAAUUGUAUUAAAAUUUUCUCAAGUAUUAAUAACCGCAAGCUAUAAAGUCUUGUUAACUGUAUCACUUGUGAAUACUUGGCUCAUGUUAAGGGAACGGCUCCAACAAAAAUUAAAGGUGUAUUAAUUAACAAUGUUAAGCUAUUUGCCAUGUAAUUUAAGGCCUGGGAGACAGACUAUACACUGAUUUAGUCCAGAGAGAAAGCUCCCUGGCUUUUCGUUGCCUUUAGGACAAAAUCUAGAAAUAAAUAGAUGAUUGUUGGCAAAUGUUCCUGGCCAGAGUCAGGAAUUCUUGGACAAAAAUGCAACAUAGUUGUGAGGUGUGCUGUGGAAGAGAGGGAGGAAAAAAGUUACUAAUUUUUCUCCAGAACUCCUUAAUUGGGUCUAGAACUGGGGAUUAGGGCUCAUUAACUAGUGGUUUUAGGUACCACACUAUAUGUUCCUUCCCAGAAAUGUAAGUAACUGUUGUACAACAAACCGUUGGAAUAUGACAGCCCUGGAAGUGGCUUGCUGCCAAAACUACUCUCAGAAACACUGAGAAAAAGACAGCACUGCAAGGAACAGGCUGCAGGCCAGAAUAACCACUUACUGGAAGUUCAUUGCAGGUGUCACUGAUCCACAGUCGCUGUGAAUCUUAACUACAUCUGAAGUGAAUGCUGAUGGUGGAAGAAGAUCGAUGUUACAGCAUCUUUUUCUUUGAAGAAUAUAUUGUUUGAAUAAAAACUUGACUGGUAGAACCCA